CUCUUACAUCACACGUACACUUUCUCUCUCAUCCUAUAUUUUCUCAUCAAAACUUCUUCCGUUUCGGAUCACCACAUGACCGUUUCCCUCUUCUCUCUCCCUCUCUCUGCAACAAACACUUUUCUCAUUUUUCUAUUCUUUCAUAGUUGUGGGAUUCUUUGACCCACUUCUUUCUUUUCCCAAAAACUCUAUUUUUCUUUCUUUCGCAACCCCAAGCUACCUUUUUUCUUUUCCCAUUCUUGUUCUUUCGAAGAUUCCACCAUCUGGGUCGUUCUCUUUUUGCCUCUUUGUCCCUUUUUCGUUGAUGGGUUGUUGUUGUUGAUGUCUGUAACGACCAUUGAAGGAGGGGUUUCGAAUUCUGAGAAAAAGAUGGGGUUGGAUGACAAUGUCAAAAGCAAUGAAGAGGUUGAUAAUAGUAAUAAUAAUAACAACAACACUUCUCGUGUUGAGGGAAGUGAUAAUGAAGAAGGAGGUACUCUUAGCAGAUACAUGAGUGAGGGUUCUGUUGCUGCUACUGAGGAGGAGGAGGAAGAUGAAGAUAGGAAGAUUGAAUUGGGUCCACAAUGUACCUUAAAGGAACAACUUGAAAAAGAUAAGGAUGAUGAGAGCUUGAGGAGGUGGAAGGAGCAGCUUCUUGGAGGUGUUGAUAUCAAUGCUGUUGGAGAAACCUUGGAGCCGGAAGUGAAGAUCGUGAGCCUUGCAAUAAAAUCUGCUGGUAGACCUGAUAUUGUUCUUCCGAUACCAGAAGGAGGAAAUCCGAAGGGUUUGUGGUUUACUUUGAAAGAAGGUAGCCGUUACAGGUUGGUGUUCACUUUUCAGGUCAACCAUAACAUUGUUUCUGGUCUCAAAUACACCAACACUGUCUGGAAAACUGGUAUCAAAGUUGAUAGCAGUAAAGAAAUGAUUGGAACCUUCAGCCCUCAAUCUGAGACUUACACUCAUGAGAUGCCCGAAGAGACAACACCGUCUGGAAUUUUCGCUAGAGGGGCAUAUACAGCUAGAAGUAAGUUUGUUGAUGAUGAUAACAAGAGCUACUUGGAGAUCAACUACACUUUUGAUAUCAGAAAGGAUUGGCAGUAACUAGGAUUCAGAUAUAUAUAGCUGAAUUCUCUUCUUCCUACAUUGAUUCAUGUGUUGAAUUAAUCCUUAAUCAUUGUUAUUUAAUGCUGAAAUCUCCUUCAGUGUUUUAGUUUCUUCUUUUUCAUUGUUUUAUUUGUUUAUUUCUAAUCCUGUCUGAGACUGGUAAUCUUAACAAUGAUGAGAGGAUUUUUGAAGGA